AGACAUUUUCAUUGCACAUCGAGACUAUUCUAUUUAGCAUUUAGCAUUUCUUUCUAGUUGUCACUCUCUAGUUGUCUCUAGUCGACCGUGUUAUGUAGUAUAUAAUAGAAUGAGCCGUGUUGCAAUACAUUAUAAGGAGCAUUGUAUUGAAAACAAAGAUUUAUUUUCACGAAUGAUCUUUUACUUGUAACGAUGUAUGCUUCGAUGAUAGUGACGUGGGUGAUGAUGUUCAUAGUGAACAUGUUAUAUUGGACCCUGAUGCUGAUGAUACCAUCAGCUGUGUGUGUUGUCAUCAUCGCUUACUACUUCAACAGGAAGGUGACUUACUGCAAGAACUUCACUCGUCUGGACGGUCGUACAGUUGUCAUGACGGGGGCCACCAGCGACGUCGGCAAGGAAGCAGCGCGGCAAUUCGUGAGCCGCGGGUGCCGUCUUGUGCUGGGCUGCCGUGACGUCAUGAGGGGGGAGCGGGUGGCGGAAGAGCUACAGCGCGGAGUCGUGGGUGUGGCCAGCAUCGUGGUGCUGCCCCUGGACCUCUCCUGCAGCGCCUCUGUCAGGACCUUCGCACAAAAAGUCAUCACCACAGAGAAAAGGCUGGACAUCCUCGCGCUGUGCCACUCACAGGCCGCGCCGCGGCAGCGGACGCUGGUGGCCGGUGGCCAGGAACGGACAAUGGCCGCUAACUACUACGGCCACUUCCUGCUCACUAAUCUCUUAUUCGGUCUCAUAAAGCUCACGCCCAACAGUCGCGUCAUCGUGAUGGUGUCUCAAAUCUACACUCUAUUGAACACAAUCAACCUGCAGGAUUUAGAUUUCAUCGAAGAGACAUACACUCCGAUGCGAGCAGCAGCGCUCUCGCACGUCUGUCUGGUGCUCUUCACUCGUCACUUCUCGCUGCUCGCCGCCCGACACGGCGUUGUCGUGAACUGCUUCAGUCCGGGCUUUGUGCGUACGGCGGAUUACGACGCAAACACGGACUACAUUACCAGCCGCUGCAAGUAUUGGGCUGGCUUCAUCAUCGGCAGGAGCGGGUUCCAAGGCAGCCAGACGCUGCUGUUCCUGGCCACGUCAGGCGAGGCUGCGACAGGCACCGGCAACUACUUCAUGGACUGCCAGUCGCGCGAGCUGUCAAAACUCGCGACAAACGACGGUCUCGCCCAGAAGCUCUUCGAAAGAACCGAGAAAAUCGUAAAGUUGGAGCAAUCCGAACGCCGCUACAUUUAAUGAGGAGAACCUCGGAGAGGAAUGAUUCCAGAGCUAAGUAGCAAGGAGUAUUGUAACUGAAAGAGACGAUGCUACAUUUAAUGAGGAGAACCUCGGAGAGGAAUGAUUCUGGUGCUAAGUAGCAAGGUGUAUUGUAACUGAAAGAGACGCUGCAACAUUUAAUGAGGAGAACCUGUUAGAGGAAUGAUUCCAGUGCUAAGUAGCAAAAAGUAUUUUAACUGAAAGAGACGCCGCAACAUUUAAUGAGAAGAACCUCUGAGAGGUAUGAUUCAAGCGCUAAGCAGCAAGGGUUAAUGUAACUGAAAGAGACGUCGCUAUUUUUAAUGAGGAGAACCUCUGUGAGGAAUAAUUUCAGGGCUAAGUAGCAAGGAGUAUUGUAAUUGAAAGAUAUGCUGCAACAUUUAUUGAGGAGAAAGUCCGCGCCCUAUUUAUACAAGAUAAAAUGCCAUGUGGCAAGGUAUUGAACUACUUAGCAAAUAAUUAGCGUUCUAAUAUACAUGAUGUAAAGGAAUUGAUCGAGCAAACUUAUUAUCAUUCGAACUUAACGUGUGGCGAGGAAUCGAUCGCUUCAUUCAAAUAAUCAACAUUUAAAUAUGCCAUGUGGCAAAUAAAUUAUCGCUGUAUUGAAAUAAUUUACGCUGAAAUAUACAAUGUGGCGAGGAAUUGAUCGCUUUCACGAAUAAUGAAAUAAAUUAAAUUGCUAUAUCUCUCCCGUCGCGGAAUCUGUAACUUUCUAUUUUAUCCAAACUUAGUCUGUUCCGGAAUAUAUAUUUUCCAGUAUUUAUUUUAUCUUUAUCCCAUCGCCCAACUUUUAUGUUAAUUAUACAUAUCAAUUAUUCAUAUUGCUGUUAGUGAACAAUAGUUGAUGCGAAUUUGCAUCACUGCGUUCAAAUAAAGUUAUUCCUUGAAGUCCUGAAGUCAUUCGAUUGGCUUCAUUGCGUGCAAAUAAUUAAUUUCUCGAUAAUAAUUAAUUUCAUCACAAUAAUUAA